AUGGCCGACUCUUACACUUCGAGUUUUGUGGGAAACUAUAAUAGCAGUUUUUCGACCACCAAUGCAUGGAACAUCACGGGCAGCGGCCCAUGGUUGUUGGCCUUCAUGCUUACAGUCAUCAUCCUCAUGACCGUUUGUGGUAACAUGUUGCUGAUUGCUUUGGUGUUUGCACAUCGUUCUUUGCGUUGCACGUCAAACUGCUUCCUGGUGUCUCUGUUCCUGUCUGACCUGAUGGUGGCUCUGGUGGUGAUGCCCCCUGCCAUGCUCAACGUCCUGUGUGGGGCCUGGGUGCUGUGGCCUGCCUUUUGCCCAAUUUGGCUUUGCUUUGACGUCAUGUGCUGCAGUGCCUCGAUCCUUAACCUGUGUGUGAUCAGCCUGGACCGCUACCUCUUUAUCAUCUCACCUCUGCGCUACAAGCAGAUGACCCCGCCUCGGGCGCUGCUCCUGGUUGGAGCUGCAUGGGUGGCAGCUCUGGCCUCCUUCCUGCCCAUUGAGAUGAAAUGGCACAGCUUAGGCCACUGGAGUGGACACUCAUCGGUUCCAGGUUUCAGCAGUAGCAACACCAGCUCUUACUCUGACACACUUUACCCAGCAUCCUACUUUCAGUUGUCACAGUCAGGAGGCCUUUCCUUCCAGUGCCGCCUACGAGUCACUCUUCUUGCUCUGGUGGCGUCUGUACUCACUUUCUUCUUGCCCUCCAGUGCAAUUUGCUUCACGUACUGUCGAAUCCUUCUAGCAGCAAGAAGGCAAGCAAAGAGGGUUGCAGCACUGAGCCACCCACCUCACCCUCAUCCUUCACUCGGAGAACCUUCCAGACCUCCCUCACCUGGGUUGGCAGCUCAGCAGGACGGAGGCUGCAGUCACCAGGAGCCUCCGGUGUCUCACAAUGUACCGCCGUCAGUGACCAGUGAGCGCCGUCUGGCUCAUAGGCAUGGACGAAGGGCGCUGAAGGCCAGUCUGACACUUGGAGUCCUCCUGGGACUCUUCUUCAGCGCUUGGCUUCCUUUUUUCAUCACCAACAUGGCUCAGGCAGUGUGUGAGUGCGUCCCUCUUGCACUCUUUGACGCCAUCACCUGGCUGGGAUACUGCAACAGCACCAUGAACCCCAUCAUCUACCCGCUGUUCAUGAGAGACUUCAAGCGAGCUCUGGGGAAGGUCCUGCCUUGCUGUUUCUCUCGCUCAAUCAGGAGACCCUCACCAGCGCUCUCCCUCUCCCUCAGAAACUCAGGAGAGCCCAACAUCGCCAGCAGCCCCCCCUCUCCCCUGGCCUCUGACCCCACACACCCUCUGGCCACCGCCACUGAUGCCGUCAACCUGCUGGACGCCGAACAUGCCGGUAUCGAGCUGCCUCUGCUGCUGCCCAAUCAGGUGGAGAGCCUGGACUGAACAAGGACAGAUAAGGUUUUCUGUCGAGGACUGCAAAGGAAAAAUUAUUCAAGACAAGUAUUAAGACUCAUAACUCAUUAUUAGUUCAACAAGUUAAAGAGUUUGACCUAAGAGACAUAAAAGAGACAUACUCUAAAUAGAAUACAAUGACAUCUAUGAAUAUUAGAGGGACUUUUGAGACCAGUACCAAAACCUUUACAGAUUUCAUAGGAAUACUUCACCAAAGUGUUGAUUUUUGGUCGGGUUGAAAAGAAACUACUCCUGGUUAAAUGUUUGCACCCGUCAUUCAUAGAUUUAACUCUGCAAAAGUCUGCAGGACGCUGUCCCUUUAAAACAAUACUUGAUGAAGAAUAUUCAACCUCAUUUAAUACAGUAAACUAAUUCUAUGGGGGACCAUUGUCCAAUCAGCUGAAAUGCUCUUCUAUAAAAGCUGGAGACAUUGCUGACAGUCAUAAAGCACUCUGUUAAAGAAUGAGACCGUUUUAAUUCACCCCAACUUUUUUUUUCUGUUUUGAACAUUUUAUAAUAAAAUUGUGAGAUAACUGCAAAUAUCUGCACAUCAAUAUACCUGAUAAGGGCCGAUGCGAGUCACAAACUCAGUAAUGCUCAAAGAGUGUUGCAUUCACAGAGGGGGAAAAAUCUGUUCUUCUGAAUUAACAAGAUAAUUACCUCAGGACUACGAGAGAAAGGCUUAAUAACAAAAUAAUCCUCUGUUUUCUAAACGAGAGAUGGAUAUGGCACCAGGAUGAGCUAAAGAUCUGAAAAACUGAACAAUGAUAAUGUUACUGCCUAAAAUCAUCUGACUAAUAAUAACAACACCAUCUAAGUGACUAAAAAACAUAAGAAUCUCUCAAUGUUCCAAACCCAAACCAAAGCAAUGAUUAAACUAAAGAAUCGGGCGUUUCUGCUUCUUUGAGUGGCUUUAAAUAAAAGCUUUCAUUGGGAUUUAAAGAGACGGUAGUUUUGUUAAUUCAGAAAUAAAAAGUAGAUUUAUUUUCUCGUAAUUCUGAGAUAUUUUCUUGUUAAAUUAAACAAAUGGAGGAUUUUUUUCUCCAGUGAAUGCACUAUACUUUUGAACAUUUCUUGCCAGUUAUGAAAUGUGGUUAAAGCUCCUUGAAGGAAGUUUUGGUUCUGUCGUUUUUGGCGGCCCUGUCGAGAAAGCUGCAUGAAAUCAUGCAGACAUGAUUACAAGGAAGAAUAGAG